AUGACCUGCAACGGGAAGCACAAACAAUAUGUCGUCGUCAAAAAUGAGCGAAACGGAAUCCGAGUAACCGUGGAGGUGGCAGAAAUUGUAUCUGCCUUGGAUCUUGAACGAGGAGGCAGAUACAGGUGCUGCAGGCGCAAGCUUUCCCUUCGUAAGAGCAUCGCCGGUCUGGUGGGCCAAGUUUGGGUCGGUGGAGUCACGUGUGCACUUGACGGAUAA